AUGCUUACCUCUACCUUCAUUUUGGCCCUUGCUGGCCUCUCCUCCAUGAUCGAGGCAUCUCCUCUUCAGGCACGUGGUGGAAGCAAGCGUGGUCUUGCCUUCCCCAAGAACCACAACGGUGUUUCUGGAUCCCAGUGGACUCACAAGUUCGCCGGCUCCAAGGUCUCCUGGAUGUACGACUGGGAGGCAGUCAUCGACGGAACACCCCUCGACCUUGAAUACGUCCCCCUUCUCCACUCCAACCAGCAGUGGUGCACUGAGGGCUGGAACACCAACAUUGCCAACGCCAAGAAGAACUACAAGGUUUCGCACGUCUUGAGCUUCAACGAGCCCGACCAGGCCGGUGGUGGAGGUUCCAACAUCGACGUCGCCACUGCUGCCGCAACCCACAAGAAGUUCAUCCAGCCCCUCGCCGCCCAGGGUCUCCGUAUCGGCUCUCCUUCCGUCACCAACGCCGACGAGCCCAACAAGGGAAUCAACUACCUCAAGCAAUUCAUGUCUGCCUGCAACGGCUGCCAGAUCGACUUUGUCGUCGCCCACUACUACGCCUGGGACAACGCUCAGGACUUCAAGAACUACCUGACCAAGUUCCACGAGACCUUCAACAAGCCCGUCUGGGUUACCGAGUUUGGUGUCACUUCUGGCAACGCCGACGAGUUCCUUAAGCAGGUCCUCCCCUGGAUGGACGCUCAGCCCUGGAUCGAGCGUUACGCCUACCACAUGGUCGCACCUAGCACCGACCAGAAGUACCUCAUCUCUGCUGAUGGCCAGAGCCUGUCUAGCAUUGGCAAGAUCUUCGCCACUGCUUAG